AUGGCAUCCGCAAAGGGCCCGUACAACCUUCCGCCCGGUGAGCGCGGCGUCGACAACCUCACGUACAACCCCAUGGCAGACGCCAGCCCCGAUAACGCCGCGUACGAGGGCACCAAUGACGAUUUCCAUUCCGUCGGCGCCCGCGGUGCGGACAACCAGCCCUCCUUCCGCGACGCCGGCAAGGAAGACCUCGAGACCGAAAGGUCCGAUGCGACGGGUAGAAUUCCUCGCAGCGAAGUCAACGAGCUGUUGGAUUCCGCCACUAGCGACGAGCGCAACGCCCAGGGACGCACGCGCGGUAAUAAGGUCGACGCAUUCAGGCAGGAGAGAGACCUCGACAGGGCAUUCGACGAGAGCGGCGUCGCUGACGCUGAUCAGGACAUCGAGGUCGGCGCGACUACUGGACGCUGA